AUGGUAAUCGGAAUCGCCAUGAUGGCGGCUAUGCUGCCAACUAUGAUUGGUAUGAAUGAGGCUACCCAGGGGUCUCGGGAUCAGGAAGAGGCUCGUCGCACUGAGGCCCGCAAGCAGCGCUCUCAUCUAGUGGCCACCUGCUCCAUCACUCAGGGCACCCCGGAGAUGCGGUCACAGGUACAUAAUGCCCAGGUCCAAGUGGGUCUGGACGGCAAACUCUAUAUCACCAAACAUCCUAGCUCCACCAUGGUGCCUUUUAACGGAGGAUUCUAUACACAUCCUGACUUCCCACCCAAUAACACCUCAGGGAUAGUAACCAUCAGUGGCGAAGAGGCCCCUACUCUUCGUUGGGUCUUUCUAGAUGCCAACACGCAUGAAAUGCGCUGGGGUGGUCGUCCAGACACCCAGGGCCAUAUCUGUGGGCCCUUUGACUGGACAAAAGAUGAGCAAAGGGUAACGCUUGAAGGAUGGGAAGGAUGGCUGGCAGUCCGAUUGCCCGAGGAUGAGCUUCAGGAGCAAGCAGAGAAGGAGCUGGGGAUUGACGGGCGCGACAUUUGGCGAUUAUAUUUCGAUCAGAAUGACGACGGUGCCAAUUUACCGGAAGGGGCAAAGGGACUGGAGAUCCAGCUGAAGCGAACGACAGCAGAGUCAUGA